UGUCAAUAAUAGUUCUCUCUCUCUCUCUCUCUCUCUCUCUCUCUAUCAUAAGUGUAACAGUCUCUUUCAUUCUCAACCGGAAACUGUAUCUACCUACUUCUUCACCAAAUUGCAAUUGCAUACACAGGCGGUGUGUAUAGCGCCCAAAUCAUCAGAUCCUAUAUAUAUUAGUUUUUGUACUACGCAAAAGUCCAAUUCAGAUAUCCUGAUACGAGUCCGAUUCGGAAUCCAAAAUGCCAACUCUAACACCCGGCUCGCGACUCGCAGGAAAAGUCGCAAUCGUGACUGGCGCAUCCUCCGGCUUCGGCUCCGCCAUCGCGCAACGAUUCGCCGCAGAAGGCGCAAAGGUAAUCAUCGCGGACAUCAGCGCGACAGGCGGGCAGGCCCUGGCGGCCACAAAUCCCACGAGUCUGGUCUUCGAACAGAUCGACGUUACGAGCGCCGCGCAGUGGAGCAGGGUGGUGCAGAGCGCCGUCACGAGGUUUGGGCGCGUGGAUGUGCUCGUGAAUAAUGCGGGGGUGACGUAUCGGAAUAAGCCGACGUUGGAAGUCACAGAGGCGGAAUGGGAGCGGGUGUUCAACGUCAAUGUGAAGGGGAUAUUCCUCGGGAGUCAGGCGUUCAUGGCACGCCUGAUCGAGCAGGGCGGGGGCGGGUCGAUGAUCAAUAUCUCGUCGACGGGGGCGUCGAGGCCCAGACCCGGGUUGGUGUGGUAUAAUGCGUCCAAGGGGGCUGUUACGAAUGCAACAAAAGGCCUCGCAGCCGAAUACGGCCCGCACAACAUCCGUGUAAACACCGUCGCACCACUCCUGUGCGCGACGCCUCUAUUUUCGCAAUUCACAGGCAUGGAGGAUACGCCCGAGAACCGGGCCAAGUUCGUGGGGAACGUGCCGCUGGGCAGGCUGACGGAGGUGGAUGAUGUCGCGAACAUGUGUCUGUUUCUGGCGAGCGAGGAAGGGAGGUUUAUCAAUGGGACGGAGAUGGUGAUUGAUGGGGGGAAGUGUAUUUAAUGGGUAUUGAGGGCUGCGGUCUGGGGUCUGGUGGUGAUGUUAGUGUGAUAUUGACAUAUGCUCUUGAGAGUGGAUUUUUGUAGGAUAUAUCUUACCAGCUACAUCCACGCCGAAGGGUCAAACAACGAAAAGUC